AUGAUUUUAUCAUCUAAAUUUUAUUUGAAUGGUUCUCAACAGGACAUCAGUGAUGCAUUUGUUGGCGAAGGCUUCACCGCUGUUGUACUCGGUAACAGCAUAUGUGUUCUUGUGCUUGAUGGAACCAAUUAUCAACUGAACUAUACUGAUACCAAUGCUACAUGGGUUAAACUGGCAGAUCGGAGGACAACAAAGAAACGCGUGGCUGCUGUUGCAUUUGAAGGUUCAAUUUAUGCAUUUGAUAAUUCUGGCAACGAAAGUAAAGCAGUUGAGAAAUUUGAUCUAUCUGAUGGAACUUGGUCUCAUGUGACUGAUAAACCUGCGGGAGGGUAUUAUACAUCUGUGGUUGCUGCAGGAGGUUUCAUUUACUGUAUUGGAGGGUUCAAGGAAAAAAAUCUAUCAAAUGCAAUGAAAUUCAAUCCAUCAGAUUCAACAUGGACAACACUUCCUUCAAUGCCGACUGCAAGAUAUGGUGCAGCUGCAGUUGAACUUGAUGGGAAGAUUUAUGUCAUGGGUGGAAACAAUAAUGGCUUGAACGUUGUGGAAUGCUUUGAUACAGUUGCUGAAACAUGGACCCCUGUUGCCAGAUUAAACAAUUCAAGAUUUUAUUUCAAAGCCUGUGUUGUUGGAGGAAAGAUAUUUGCUGUUGGAGGGAAUAAUUCCAAGAACACAAUAGAAAAAUAUGACCCCGCUGUAAACUCCUGGAAUGUUGUUGAAACAAUGGAUGGGAUAGAAAUUAAGGUUUUCGCUUCCAUCGCUUUGACUGUUCCCUUCUAG